ACCGUACACCUCUCAACCCGCGAACGCAAAGACAACUGAAGACGCAUCUCUUCGAGGCUAGCACUCCCGCCAGAGCACCGGACCCCAGCGCAUCACGUGUGUGGUCUAGCUACGUCAUUGCAUCUGCUGGCACGGACCCAGGACGGGCAGGCAACAACAACCGACCUUCGACGCAUCCAUCUCGCAAUCUUUUCUAAAUCUGUCCAUUCCUCCACCCCCCACCGUAACACAGCAUGGCCGAACAAACCCCUACCUCAUUUACCAAUCUCCCGCUCGACAUUUUGCUGCUCAUCGUGCCCUAUCUCGACGCGCCAAGCUUCCUAUCCUUAUGUAGCACAUGCAAGGCUCUCUACGACCCCAUCCUUCGUCUCGAUGCCGGCUACUGGCGGCACGCUACCCAGACGACGUUCCGUGUCCCCAACCAACCCGUCAUCCAAACUGAUGCCCAGCGCUGGCGCCGGCUCUACAAGCGUCUGCUCACCCAAAGCCGCAUCUUCACCUGGGGGAGCAACACCCAUGGAUGCCUGGGCCAUAGCGUGCACCAGCUCUCCGAUAUCCGCCAUCCACGGAUGGUUCCCUCGCGGCCACGCUACCAGAACCUCAACGCUUCGACCCCGGUUGAGGUGGACGGUACACGUGAGCUCGGCGUCAUUGCGGAUCUGCAAUGCGGUGGGUGGUCCACUACGCUGCUGACCGCUAAGGGAGUGCUGUAUUCCGUGGGAGUGAUGGACGGUCUGAGGUUCUCGCAGCUUGGAGAUGGCACUCUCAAGCCGCUUAGGUAUCCGUCUCCCCAUGAGAACAGCCCCAGUGCUGCCACCACCAUCCAGCAAUUCUCUGCGGGUAGAUCCCAUGUCCUUGGACUAGCGGACAGCGGGAGGGUGUGGUGCUGGAUGAACAGCAAUGCUGCAGCGCAGCACAUCAAGUUCGCGGAUCUCAGGAUUGUGGAUACUGAAGAACCUCCCACUGGUGACUCAGAAUCGUUGCCGGGUGGCCGUGUGCGCCAAGUCGUGGCUGGCUGGAGUGCGAGCUCUGCGUAUGUCACGGGGCUUGGUAUCUUGCUGUGGCAGACUCAAAACGCAGAGACAAUCACAGAGCGUGCCACUGUUCCUAAGACUGGCUAUCAGCGUCCCAAGGGCAACGUUCGCGAGCCCGACGAGGAAUCCCGACUUCUUGGAGAAAACGUCGGCGAGAUCGUCAGCUAUAUCGUUUUGGAGCACUUUGUCGUCUUCGUCACUGACAUUGGAAGAUUUUUUGCAACCAAGAUGGACUGGAGCAGCGCAUCAGUUGUAGAAGACGUCGUUGAGUUGAGGGCCCUUCGAGAUGAGUCUGGCGGUAAAAGCAACGCUAAGAUUGAUAUCCAAGGCUCAUUUAAGUCGUUUGCAGCGUUCAGGGGAGACGAAGUCAUCACUUCCAAUCAGGAUUAUCUAGAGGCUUGUUGGGCCUCGAGGGAAGCUCCGUGGGAAGACCACUCUGCAAUCUCGGGACUAAAACGUAUCCCGGCUCUUCAGAACUCGGAUGUCAUCUCAGUCGCCUUUGGCGAUUACCACUUCCAUGCUCUUCACAGCAACGGCCGAAUCACCUCGUACGGUAAGGAGCCGCAACGCUGCGGUGCCUUUGGUCUGGGAGGCGAAGGUGACCCCGAAGGCCGCAUCAGAGGCAUCCGGUAUACCGGAAACACGCUCGACGGCGGUCUCGUGGCGCAUGCUUACACACGUGGACGCACCAUAUGGUUCGAGCCGGUGAAGAAACAGUGGAUCAGAUUCUUGACCUCUGGAGGCAAAGAUCCUAACGAAGCGAAAGAGAGGAUGAGAAUGGCAGUCACAGAUCCCGUCGUGCAGGGCGAGCUCAGCGAGUGGUUUGAGCAGGAAGGAUCGGACUGGGACAAACAUCCCGACUUGCAACAAUACGAUGAAGAUGGCCUUGGCGCCUACUUUGCGCUGAGCGUCACGGCUGCUGGAUGGCACAGCGGGGCGCUGGUGUUGGUGAACGAAGAGCUUGCGCAGAAGGUGGAAGAGAGGUGCGUCGCGAAGGCGAUCCCACCACAAGAGCAAGACCAACAGCAGCAACUGCCGCCGCCAGCAGGCGACGAAGCCACCGCGCAACAAGAAUCACCAGACAACAGCGCCAAUAACGCCGGUGUCAGCCGUCUAGAAAACAUAGCACUUUGGGUAAACUCAUGGGCGCGCUGGUUUCUGGGGAUGCCCGACGCUAACAAUGCCACUUUUUCUCCGCAGACACAAGCACCCGGUGGCCGUCGCCCGCGUCACGAUGCUACGGCCGACCACUUUACGCUGUUGGAGAACUACGGCGCGAGCCCGGGGGCCGGGCAGCUGUACGUGUGGGCCGAGGACGAUUUCCCGCGUCUACGGCUGAGCGACGGCACCGAGAUGCCUGGGCGGGUGCCGUUCAGGGAGUGGAAGUACGGGCGGCCUGAGUGGGUGUUGGAUGCAGAUGGGCUGCCGUAGCAUGCACUCAGCCUGAAUUAGAUUGGACGAUCCGACAUAAAUGGAAAUGAAUUGCUCACGUGCGC